CAAAAUUUGUAAACAAAACAUGGACGGUGAUUCGGAAAGUACAGCCACUUCUAUUGAUGAAAACACAGAAAAUUUUUGUGAAAAUCCCACUAGAGAUACGAUAGCCGAAGGGCUUAUGGGCCUUAUUAAACCAACAGUUGAUCAAUUAGAUGAACGAGUGCGUGCAACGAGAAUAUCUCAAUUAGAACUUAAGCAAUGUAUAGAAAGUCUUAGUGAGGAAUUAAAGAAGAUAUCAGAAGCACAAGAACAAUCCAUUGAUCUAGAAGUAUACUUAAAAAAAUUGAUUAAUGCAAAACAGAGGGUCACUGUUUUAAGCAACAUUUUACAGAACGCUCAAGAGAGGCUUAAUAGGGUUCACAUGUCGAUAGAAAAAGAAACAGUAAAACGGAAAGUGCUACUUAACAACACAAUCACAGAUAUUGACUGUACAAGUAGUACAAGUCAACAGUAGCUUUUAGAAAUGCCUCUACCAACCCCUCACUACAACUUGUCAAACCACCAAGAUGUUUAUGAACCAAGUGAAGAUACUUUUCUUUUUUUAGAUGCACUGGAAAAGGAAACAGAAUUUAUUAACAAAAAACAGCCUUUAUUUGCAUGUGAAGUUGGCUCAGGAAGUGGAAUUCUUAUAACAGGUUUAGCCAAUUUAUUAGCAAAUCCUU